AUGCGGAAAGGGUUAAAACACCAUAGCAUAUAUGGUGACCCACCUCGCACUGGAAUUUAUGAAAUCUGGCCGAGACAAGGAAAACCGAUAAAGGUUUUGUGUGACAUGAACACAGAUGGUGGUGGAUGGACUGUCUUCCAAAAGCGAGGCGAUUACAUACCUCAAGAAGACUUCUAUCGAACUUGGCUCGAAUAUAAGCGAGGUUUCGGCGACCUGCACCGACAGUUUUGGUUAGGGAAUGAUCGUUUAUGGAUUUUGACCAAUCAAGAUUCGUAUCAAUUACGAGUCGAUCUAGAAGACUUUGAUGCACAAAAACGAUUUGCAGAGUACAGUUCUUUUCGAAUAUCGAACGAAGCUGACAAAUAUCGAUUGAUGGUGGGAUCUUAUUUGAAGGGUGAUGCAGGAGAUUCAUUCAGCUAUCACAAUAACAUGCAGUUUUCAACGAAGGAUCAAGAUAAUGACGCAAAUCCUGGGUCAUGUGCACAACUAUACAAUGGAGCGUGGUGGUAUAAUGCUUGUCAUUGGUCUGAUUUGAAUGGUGGAUAUUUGCGUGGAAAUCAUCCGACAAUAUACGGCGCAGGCGUUAAUUGGAUAGCAUUUAGAGGCUACUACUACUCGUUGAAAACUACAGAAAUGAAAAUUCGACCUGUUUGGUUCAAACCUUAA